AUGAUCCGCGGCUCGCAGAUCCGAGGAUUCAACAUACCGAAAUCCCUUGAAGUCCUGAAAGCGACGUUAUUUGCGGACGAUACGACGGUGUACCUGGCGGAAGAGGAUGAUUUUGGGAUCCUGCAAAGGGUGCUGGACACCUGGUGUUCGGCAGCCAAGGCAAAGUUCAACCUGCGGAAGACGGAAAUAAUUCCCAUUGGGACAAAGGAGUAUAGGAAGAGAGUAAUUGACACCUACAAAGAGACGGGCGCAUGGGGAAACUACCCGGCAGGUGUCCACUUAGCCGAGGAAGGAGAGGCAGUAAGAAUACUAGGAGCGUACUUUGGAAAUGAAGCGGAACAAAGUAAGAUAUGGGACCCGAAAAUCAAGAAGAUGGAAGGCGUACUGGAGCGAUGGAGUCUGAGCCCCUCGACAGUGAUAGGGAAACGACACACUACGCAGAUGAUGGUGGGGGGGAUGUCGCAAUUUCUAGCGAACGUCCAAAGAAUGCCGGCGACGGUAACGAAGAAACUGAUGAAAAUGAUCAGAUCGCACAUAUGGGACGGGAAGAAGCACGUUCCCGUUGCAAUGGAACACUUGUACCUACCAGUUGAAGAAGGAGGGUUGGGUGUACUUGACGUUGAAGCGCGGAACGAGGCGAUAGAUGUAAUGUGGCUCAAACUGUACUUGAGCUCGGGGAGCGAGAGGCCGCUGUGGGCGUACGCCCAGAAGGAGUGUUCAACGGCAGACUCAGCAUGGAAGUACCCCGGGACGGCCCGGAACUGGUGGAGGUCGCGACAGACGGAGCGUGCGACCGAAAUGGAGAGCUAA